AUGAAGUUUUCAGGUUGUGUUUUAGUUGCGGCGGCAGCGAUAGCAGUAGGAGCUGAGUCCUCGACAUCGUUUUUUGACAAAUGGAGUGAUUCGGAUAUCAAGCAGUACCUCAAGGAUAACGGGCAUGAGGUUGCGGAUAAAGUACAGCAGCCAUUAGAAUCGCUCAAGGAGCUGGCAUUGAAAGAGUGGCAAAAACAUAAUGAGCAGAAGCCAUGGUGGAAGAUUUGGGAUAACCAGGAGGAUUCUGGUAGUUGGUUACAGGAAGAGAGCGACUCAGAAGUCGGUGACUGGCUGUUCGACACGUGGUCUGCUGAUAGUUUGAAGAAGUUGCUGAAGAGUGCACGUUUGAAGUAUGACUCCAGUAGUUCAAGGGAUGCCUUAGUAUCAACAGCCAAGAACAACUUUAAAAAGAUUUCUGAUAAGGUUGGUGCGUCAGGGUUUUAUCCAUCGGAACCCUUUUUCAAGCACUGGGAGACUUCCGACCUCAAAAAUUGGUUGGCCGAGUAUGGAAUCUCCUACGACCAAGCGAAGUCCACACGUGAUGACUUGCUGAAGAAGGUUAGAGAUAACAUUCAUCGUGCUACAAAAUACUACGAUGAUGAGAGACUAGAGCUUUUGACCUCUCUAAACUUUUUGUCGGACUAUUACGACAACGACGGUUCGUUGGAUGCCGUUGACUUCAGUUCUUGGUCUCCAAGCGUUUUGAAGAAGUGGUUAAAUUUGCACAAGGUAAAGUUGGAUGAGACUUUGGCUGAAGACCGCGACUACUUGAUCAAUUUGGCCACGAAAUCCAAAAAUCUCCUAAACGAUGAUGUGGAGUGGCUAUCUAAUGCAGCUCAGAAGCAGGUCUCGUCUUCUCUCUCAAAUGGUCCUGAUGCAAUUCUCUCUCUGUGGGAUUCCGCCGUUGGUAAGGGGGACAAGCCCAAAUACGAUUCUGGAGAUGAAGAAGAAGAAGAGGUAAUCAACGAUACAUUCUUACUCGAUGUUGAAUAUUGGCCUAAGCAAAAAUUAAAGGAGUUCUUGGAAGCUCGUGAUAUUUCAUACCCGGUUCUUUCUACUCGUAAGGAUUUGCGUAACAUGGUUAUAAAAUAUAGAAGCAAGCCGGUAAAGAAUUUGAAAGAUGUUGACUCAGCGUGGUUCCCAGGCUUUUCUCUUGGUCAAAACUUGCAACAAUGGUCUGUUGAAAAUACGCAGGCAGCAAAAGAUGCUUUGGGGUCUGCCAGGGACAAAUUGCGCGACUGGACCUCCGGAAGCUAUGAGAAAGCUGAGGAUUCUGCAGAAUCAGCUGGGGCUGAGGUCAAAUCCAACUCAAAAAAUGUUGCUAAUAAUUUUAAGCAAAAGAUGUCUGACUGGACUGAUAUUUUUGAGUCAUGGACUGCAGAUGAGUUGACCAAAUACCUGAACAACUUCGGCAUCCGUGUUCCUACGAGCUUUACAAAGAAGAAGCUGGUUAGAAUGGCUAAGGCCAAUUCAAAAUCAUUUUUUGGACCCCGUCUUGAACCAAGCUAUUUUGAUAGGUUAAACAAAAAAGUCAGGGAAUGGGCCAACUAUGGCUACUCCUAUAUUUUACAAACCGUGAGUUAA